AUGGCUCAUUUCAAAAUGCAAGUUGUUGUUCCAAUUCUCCUGCUGAUGCUAAUGGCAGCAGCAGAGGCAAAAACUCCUCCAGGGAUUGCUAAGAAUCCAAGCAAUGCAAGGUGUUUGAUAAAAAAAUACAAGCAUUGUUACAAUCUUGUGCAUGUGUGCCCCAAGUUUUGCCCUGAUAAAUGCACAGUGGAGUGUGUCUCUUGUAAGCCCAUCUGUUCUGGGGCCUCAAGCCCUCCUCCACCUGUUUCUCCCACCACUUCAACUACACCACCAACAUAUUAUUCUCCUCCUCCUCAAGCUAAACCAACUCCACCACCAACAUAUUAUUCCCCUCCUCCUCCUCAUGCUAAACCAACUCCACCACCAUCUCCACCAACCCCCACACCCACAACUCCAUCUCCAACACCACCAACUACAACUCCAACACCUCCUACUCCCUCGCCUUCACCUUCCCCACCACUGCCGACACCACAUUACCAAUCACCUCCUCCUACUCCUUCACCUCCUGUGCCGUCUCCAACUACUUCUUCUCCUCCUCCAUCAACUCCUACACCAUCUCCACCUACUUCCUCUUCUCCUCCUCCAACUCCUUCUACCUCACCAAAGAAGGCCAAGUGCAAGAACAAGUACUACCCCCAAUGUUACAACAUAGAACAUGUAUGCCCCAGUUCUUGCCCUGGUGGAUGUGAGGUUGACUGUGUCACUUGCAAACCCGUCUGCAAGUGUGAUCAGCCAGGAGCAGUGUGCCAAGACCCCCGUUUCAUAGGCGGCGAUGGCAUCACCUUUUACUUCCACGGCAAGAAAGACCGCGAUUUCUGCCUCUUAUCCGACCCCAACCUCCACAUCAACGCUCACUUCAUCGGCAGGCGCAACCACAACAUGAAGAGGGACUUCACUUGGGUCCAGUCUAUUGCCAUCCUCUUUGGCAAACACCAGCUCUUCCUCGGUGCCCAAAAGACUGCCACGUGGGACGACUACGCUGACCGCCUUGCCCUCUCCUUUGAUGGCGAGCUCAUCACCCUUCCUGAAUCCGAAGGCGCCAGGUGGCAAUCCACGAGUGUUCCAACUGUAUCCCUUACCAGGGUGGGUGGCACCAACAAUGUGAUGGUUGAAGUUGAAGGGAGCUUUAGGAUCACAGCCAAGGUUGUGCCCAUAACCGAAGAAGACUCAAGGAUUCACAACUAUGGCAUUACCAAAGAUGACACAUUUGCUCAUCUUGAUCUUGGGUUUAAGUUCUUCUCUUUGAGCAACCAAGUGAGUGGUGUGUUGGGUCAAACUUACAGACCCGAUUAUGUGAGCCGGGUCAACAUUGGAGCCAACAUGCCGGUGAUGGGAGGGGAUAGAGAGUUUGAAACUUCCAGCCUUUUCGCCAUGGAUUGCACCAUUGCAAGGUUUAAUGGUGGCAGUGUUGGCUCUGGAAGUGAAGCUAAUUCUUUGGAGGGUUUGGAGUUGCCAAGCUUGAGCUGUGCAAGUGGAAUGGAUGGUCAAGGUGUUGUGUGCAAGAGAUAG